AUGUUCUCCAAAAUCGUUCUUCUUAUGACCGCUGCUGCCGUCGCCGUCCAUGCUCAGGACGCUUCCACCACUGCCUCCGCCCCUGAUGCCACUUCUAGCAUCAUUGCCAGCCUUUCCCCUUGCAUCGUCGCCUGUAUUGGCCCAGCUGCUCAGGCUAACGGCACUGACCCUUCAUGUGUCUGCGCGUCCGCCCAAUUCGUGACUGACGCCACGGCCUGCCUGCAAGAGCACUGCACACCCGCAGACCUCGCCGCUGCCAUCCAAUUGCAGACCUCUCAGUGCGCUGCUGCUAGCAUCACUCCCACUGGCACCCCUACUACCACCAACACCUUCCCCUUCUCGCUCUCUUCGGGAUCUGCGUCUCAGACUGGCUCCGCUAGCGCCUCCACCACUGGCUCCGCUAACACGUCCGCCUCCGCUGCUUCUAGCUCGGCUACUUCUCCCAGCACCUCGGCUUCGACUACCCCAAGCAGUGCCGCUGGAGCUUUGGUCGCGAACAGCGGCGCCGCAGCGUUCUUUGGAGCUAUUCUCGCUGGAAUCGUUGCUCUUUAA